GACUUUAGGCACUAACAAAGUAACGACAGUCCGACAGUUAACAAUUUCAAUAAAAAAUUACAUUUCCCCUAAACUCUCCUAUAUCGCCAUUGUUACUAGCUUCCAUUGUGAACCACCAAAAACCCUAGAUUUUUGAACUCAAAAUUAACGCUCAAUCCUCGAUUUCACCAAUUAGGGAUUUCAAAAUUGGAUGAUAAAUCACUCAAUUUCGCAUCAAUUUUGUUCAUUCGAGCGAAAUGGGAGCCAGUCGAAAGUUACAAGGUGAGAUCGAUCGAGUUUUGAAGAAAGUUCAAGAAGGUGUUGAUGUUUUUGACAGCAUCUGGAACAAGGUUUACGAUACCGAUAAUGCUAAUCAAAAAGAGAAGUUCGAAGCUGAUUUGAAGAAGGAAAUUAAGAAAUUGCAGAGAUAUAGAGAUCAAAUCAAGACAUGGAUACAAUCUAGUGAAAUUAAAGAUAAAAAGGUUAGUGCAUCUUAUGAGCAGGCUUUGGUGGAUGCCCGCAAGCUUAUAGAGCGUGAAAUGGAAAGAUUUAAAAUAUGUGAGAAGGAGACAAAGACGAAAGCAUUUUCAAAAGAAGGCCUAGGCCAGCAGCCUAAAACUGACCCUAAGGAGAAAGCAAAAUCAGAGACAAGAGACUGGUUGAACAAUGUGGUAGGAGAGUUAGAGUCUCAAAUUGAUAAUUUUGAGGCUGAGAUGGAGGGCUUAUCUGUAAAGAAAGGAAAGGCGAGACCUCCUAGACUGACACACUUGGAGACUUCGAUAUCUCGUCACAAGGCCCAUGUAAUGAAAUUAGAAUUGAUAUUGAGAUUAUUAGACAAUGAUGAAUUGAGUGCUGAACAUGUCAAUGAUGUUAAGGACUUUCUCGAAGAUUACUUGGAGCGUAAUCAGGAAGAUUUUGAUGAAUUUAGUGAUGUUGACGAGCUCUACAACACCUUACCAUUGGACAAAGUGGAAGCUCUUGAAGAUCUUGUGUCAAUGGGUCAACCUGGACUUGCUAAGAUUAAGGGCAUGAAGUCACAGGGUGGCGGUGCUGCCAGCUCAGUUCUAAGUUUAAAGACAUCAUCAAAUACAUCAUCUUCUUUGUCAUCGGCCACUGUUACGUCUUCCCAAUUGACUGUUCCCAUUCCGGAACAAGAUGAAACAAAUUCUCAGGACAGUAAUUCUGAUACUGUUCCAAAAACUCCGCCUUCUAAGACUAGCAUUCUCAGCUCUUCCAAUCCGUCAAAUCCACCUACAAUCCAGACACCUAUACCAACCUCUUCUACUCUUCUACCUGCCUCUCCAAGUGUUACAGCUUCUGUUUCUGGGCCAGUCUCUGGCCGAGGCAUUCUGGAAGGUGCCAUUCCUUCUUCUCCUCUGAAUCCCCCGAUUAUUGGCAAAGAAGAGGAUGCAGUGAACUUUCCUGGACGAAGAUCAUCACCUGCUCUCACAGAUCCUGCAGCUCUUACUCGGGGCAUUGGCCGGGGCAGCAUUCCAAGCCAACCUUCUGUUAGUGUCCCUCUUAGUUCUGUUGGUACAGCUCCUAGCAGUGGCGUGACUCUUGGUUCAGUUCCUUUGGCAUCAGAAGUAACGAAGAGAAAUAUUUUAGGAUCUGAUGAGAGGCUUGCAAGUAGUGUUGUUUCUGGUAGAGCCUUUUCUUCUUCUGUGGUUCCUGGAAUGCAGUGGAGGCCUGGAAGCACUUUUCAGACUCAGAGUGAAGGGGGACAGUUUCGUGGGCGAACUGAAAUUGCUCCAGAUCAAAGGGAAAAGUUUCUUCAAAGGUUGCAGCAAGUACAACAGCAAGGUCACAGUAACAUUCUUGGAAUGCCAAAUCUUGCUGGUGGUAAUUCUAAACCCUUCUCAGGACAGCAGCAAAAUCCACUUUUGCAGCAGUUAAGUUCUCAAAGUUCGUCUCUCUCCUCUCAAGUUGGUCUUGGGCUAGGAUUGCAAUCUCCUGGCUUAAGCACUGCUUCUUCUGCAACUGUUCAGCAACCAAUUCCUAUCCAGCAAGGUGUCCAGCAAGGAUCUUUAGUUGUUUCUCCAAAAGAUUCUGUUACUGAGGAUCAACAACAGCAGAACUUGCCUGAGGAUUCGGCAGUUGAGAUAGCUCCUGGUUCUGGGCUUUCCAAAAAUUUGAUGAAUGAUGAUGAUCUUAAAGCUUCUUAUGUGAAGGAUGUCCCUAGUGGAGGUACUUCUGGUCCGCUGCCAGAAUCCACCCAACUGUCAAGGGAUGCAGAUCUUUCUCCUGGCCAACCUUUGCAAUCAAGCCAACCAUCUGCUAGCCUUGGAGUUAUUGGUCGGAGAAGUGUCUCAGACCUUGGGGCCAUUGGUGAUAACAUUGGCGGAACUGCCAACUCUGGGGGAGUGCAUGAUCUUGUGUACAAUACACAGAUGCUUGAGGCUGCAUACUACAAGCUUCCUCAGCCCAAAGACUCAGAACGAGCAAAGAGUUAUACGCCUAGACACCCUGCAGCAACUCCUCCAAGCUAUCCACAAGUUCAGGCUCCAAUUGUAAACAAUCCUGCUUUCUGGGAACGAUUGGGUCUUGAUACCUUGGGGACAGAUACCUUAUUCUUUGCAUUCUACUAUCAACCGAAUACUUAUCAACAGUAUUUGGCUGCAAAAGAGUUAAAGAAACAAUCAUGGAGAUACCAUAGAAAAUAUUACACAUGGUUUCAGAGGCAUGAAGAACCAAAGAUUGCCACUGAUGAUUUUGAAAAGGGGACGUACGUAUACUUUGAUUUUCAUCUUGCCAAUGAUGACCCAAAUCAAGGAUGGUGCCAAAGGAUCAAAGCAGACUUCAAAUUCGAGUAUAGUUUUCUAGAAGAUGAACUAAUUGUAUAGAUGUACAGACCACCUUACAGUCUCAAGUUCUGACGGGCCAAAAAUUAGGGGUUUUACCAUGACAAUUAAGUUAUGUUUGCUUUAUUUUGAGAUAAUCUUACUUUGGACAUAUAUCCAAUCUGUUUAAAAAAAAAUUAUUUGCCUGUCAGCGAUCUGUUUCAGUUUUAUUUGUACUCUAUAGUAUAGCAGUUGCUCUCCUUGUUUAUCUGCUUCGUAUCCAGACAACCUUUAGACAAUAAGUUGAUCUAGUAGUAAGCUUGGUUACUUAUGAUGAUUUAUGCAAUCUGGUUAAAAAAUAUUGUUUGGCUGA